UGCCAGCAACCUGCACUCUCGGAAAUCAGACUCAAGUGACUGGGACCCUUGAGAUCAAAGGCUUACCAUGCUACUCCCUAGGAGGGCCAGGGACUGCUGACCUUACCGCUGACAGUUAUUCGUGGCUCUUAUAAUUAACAAAAAGAAUGGACAAGCUUAAUAAAAUAACUGUCCCUGCCAGUCAGAAGUUGAGGCAACUUCAAAAGAUGGUCCAUGACAUCAAGAACAAUGAAGGUGGAAUAAUGAACAAGAUCAAAAAGCUCAAAGUCAAAGCACCUCCAAGUGUUCCUCAAAGGGACUAUGCCUCAGAGAACCUUGCUGACGAAGAGGAGCAGUGGUCAGAUGACUUUACACACAGAGUUUCAGCCACCCUUCCUGUUAAAUGGUCCACAUGCUCCCCCAGGAUAGUGGUUCAGGACAGCGACUAUGAACACCCGGACGAGCACUCGGACUCAGAGAUGUACGUGCUCCCCGCAGAAGAGACCGGGGACGACAGUUACGAGCCGCCGCCCGCGGAGCAGGAGACGAGAACCGUUCACCCAGCCCUGCCCUUCGCCAGGGGCGAGUACGUAGACAAUCGAUCAAGCCAGAGGCAAACUCCGCCCUUCAGCAAGACACUUCCCAGUAAGCCCGACUGGCCUCCUUCGGCAAAGGCAAGGCUAACCUCCACUCUGCCGGCCCUGACUUCUCUUCAGAAACCUCAAGUCCCACCCAAACCCAAAGACCUUGAGGAUGAGGUUGAUUAUGUGGUCCCUCUGGAGGAUGAAGACGAAAACUACAUUCAUCCCACAGAAAGCAGUUCACUCCCAGCUGAAAAAGCUCCCAUGGUGAAUAGAUCCACCAAGCCAAACAGCUCCUCGAAGCCAGCCUCUCCUCCUGGGACAGCUUCAGGUCGUAACAGUGGGGCCUGGGACACUAAGUCACCUUCUCCUGCUGCGCCGUGCCCAAUGCCCCGGGCCGGGAAAAAACCAGCUACACCACUGAAGACAACUCCACUUGCCCCUCAACAGAACGCUUCAACUGUUUGUGAAGAAAAACCCAUACCUGCUGAACGCCACCGAGCUUCUAGUCACAGACAAGAAAAUAUGCAGUCAUCGGUGUUUCCUCCUGCCCAGAAACAAAUCCAUCACAAACCUGUACCUCUGCCAAGAUUUCCAGAAGGGGGAAGCCCAGCUGUUGAUGGCCAAUUUUCAUCUAACCCCCAUUUGUCAGAACAGGAAGCUGACAUUCACUGCAAGCCAUGGUAUGCUGGUGCCUGCGAUCGAAAGUCUGCUGAAGAGGCUUUAUACAGAUCAAACAAGGAUGGAUCAUUUCUUAUUCGGAAAAGCUCUGGCCAUGAUUCCAAACAGCCAUAUACUCUAGUUGUAUUCUUUAAUAAACGAGUAUAUAAUAUCCCUGUGCGAUUUAUUGAAGCAACAAAGCAGUAUGCUUUGGGCAGGAAGAAAAAUGGUGAAGAGUACUUCGGAAGUGUUGCUGAAAUUAUCAAGAAUCAUCAACAUAGCCCGUUGGUUCUUAUCGACAGUCAGAAUAAUACAAAAGAUUCGACAAGACUGAAAUAUGCAGUUAAAGUUUCAUAAAUUUCUUGAAAACAAGGUCAACAUCAUUGCUUCAGACAUUUUCCUAUUUCUACUUUUGAAAAAAAGCCCCAGAACUUCAUUAUUUUGGAUUAUGAAUCAUCCAGUAAUAAGACAGAAGAUUGGAGGCAGCUAUUGAGGUGGUCAUCCAUUUCUUUAUAAGAAGCUCAUGCAGACUUGUUCUAUUGUCUGAUCCGAUGAACUGUGAAUAUUUGGUGAGGUUGCAUUAUCAUGCUAUUAAAAUUCUCCAAAUAAAUGUCUUUAUUUAAAAGAAA